AACGAGGCCAACUUAAGUCAGCUAAACCCCAUGAAAUUCGAUAAACUUGCCAGGCUCAAAUGUUAGACGAACAUCCCAGGACGCGACAGCUUAUCACCCUCCUCUCCAGUGUUUCGAUUUCAUUGAGCGCCGGAACUAAUUAUGCAUUUUCGAUUUAUUCGGUCCAACUUGGACACAAGCUCCAUCUCUCGGCCACCUCGCUGAACGUGAUUGGUCUGGCGGGCAACCUGGGCAUGUACAUCUCGUCGCCCUUCGUGGGCCGAUACAUCGAUCGAUAUGGCCCGACGAUACCCUUACUAGGAGCCGGGACGUUGAUCUCGUUGGGCUACGGCUUACUCUGGCUCUUGUUCACCCAGCCGAGUCUACCGUUGGUGGUCGUCCAAACCUUGAUGGGAAACCUGUUCGCCGGCCUGGGCUCUUCGAUCGCCAACAGCUGUGCCAUCACCGGCACCGCAUCCGUCUUUGCGCCCUCCCAUCGAGCCACGGCCAUCGGCACCGUCCUGGCCGGAUUCGGCCUCUCUGCCUUCUUCUGGACGACCAUCGGCUAUCAUAUCGCAAAGUCCGACACUGCCGUCUUGCUGGGCCUCUUGAGCAUCGGCCCCUCUUUGGCCAUCCUUCUCGGCGCAUCUGGUUACGUGCUCAUGGGCAUCGGCUGUGAUGAUCGUCAGACCUCCCCCUCCUCCCAAGACCAACCAUGCACAUCCCAUUCUCGCCAAUCUACCGAAGAUACUCAGCUCUUACCGCUCAAGAAACAGACUGAUAUCACCGGCUGGGCCUUGGUCCGAGAGCUGGACUUUUGGAUGAUUUGGCUCGUCAUGAGUUGCUGCUGUGGUAUUGGUCUGAUGAUCAUCAAUAACCUAGGUACGAUGUUGGUUGCUAUUUAUGGACCCACAUCACCGGACAGCUCAGAUCAGACCGUCAGAUUAUACCAAGCACAUGCCGUCUCGAUCUUAUCGAUCUUUAACUGUUUUGGCCGAAUCUUUGCGGGGACGUUUUCGGAUCUGUUGAAGCGUGGACUCUCGAUUGGGCGUGUAUGGUGGUUGUGCUGGAUCUCGAGCCUGUUCCUGCUGAGUCAAAUCUUAGGAUACUUUGCGGUCUCCGAGCUGGAUCACGUGGUUUGGCUGGGCGGUCUGGUCGGAUUUGCGUAUGGGAACAUGUACGGUGCCGGGCCCGCAUUGGUGCUCGAAUGGUUCGGCCUCAAACACUUUGCGACCAACUUUGGAUUCCUGAAUCUGGCCCCAUUACUCUGUGGACAGAUCUUCAAUCUGAGCUUUGGGAGGAUUUUCGACCAUCAUUCUCAGCAUUCCUCGGACGCAGAGGAUCGUCAUUUGAUUUGUCUUGACCGUCGAGGCUGUUAUCAGGCCGCGUUCCUCAUCACUAUCUGUGGCGCGCUGCUCUCCUUAUCACUAUCGAUCUCACUCGGCUUCAGACGCCCUGAAUUUAUCUCGCAAUCCAAAUCGAACUCGAACUUCAGAAGGACUCAUGAGCACGAUGGUGAUGAUGACGGUGAAUCUGCACCUAUCCUCAGAUCAUCCACAGAAGACCUUUGAGAUUCCUUUACAUCUUCCUUCCUAUUUCUCUCUGUAUUUAGACACUGCACUCCAGGACAGCCGCAAUAUCUCUUUAUCCCCUAUCACCCAAGCAACUUUUCUCUUUACAUCUAUCAGUUAUCCCAGACCACUCUGAGUGUCUCGAUUGUUCUUCUACGUUCCAGCUUGUAUUAAAUUAGAAAUGUCUCUGAUCUAUCAUUCUACAUUUUCUUCUUCUCAUCAUGCUCAUCAUUAUUAUUCAUAUUGCUACCCAAGUGCAAUCGUCGGAAGUUCAAAUUUGUAUAUGUAGUAUCCAGUUUUGAUUGAUGUUGUUAUUUGUAGUUAGACUCUUAUUUGGAUAGAUUCCCGUCUGUUUCAGAUUCAGAUCAAGUUUCCUUUACGUUUUUUUUUUGUGAAAGAGUAAGAUGUCCAUGUCUGCUUUGUACACAUUCCUAUUUGCAAUUUUAGUGUCAAGGCGGUGGCUAUCACCGAUCGAUGAUGGUCGAAUUGAUUUUGAUCGAUUGGGAGAGCAAGUUCGACAGCCUCCCAUGUUA